CAAUCUAAUAUCUAGAGACACUAUCACCAAAAUGAAGAUCGCCGCUCUUGCGCUGUCUUGCGUCUCGCUCCUGAUUAUUGCGGAUUUUAGUGAUGGACAAGGACAGAUAUAUUGCGGAAGAAGAUUGGCGGAAACGCUGGCGUACCUUUGCGACAACCCUCUUAUUAAUAGACCAGGUCUCAUAAAACGCACAAACUACAACGCAAUAAUGUCCAACGACUUCUGGCCGUGGAUCGCGCGUCACAACGCGAAAGGCAUGAGGAACAAGCGACAAACGGUCACCUCUGAAUGCUGCGACAAGCCGUGCACUUUGAACGAACUUUUGACUUAUUGUUCUUAUUAAUUGGAAGGCUUUUAAACGGGUUAAUUGCUCAUAAUAAGCGUUAUUUUGAUAGAGAACAUGAGGAACGAGCAAGAUACAGUCUCCUCUGAAUGCUACGACAAGCCAUGCACUUUGAACGAACUUUUGUCGUAUUCUCCCUAUUAAUUUUUGAAGACUUAAAUUGUGUAUCAGAAAUAUGACAUUAUUUGUAUUAAUCUGUGUGAAAUAAGUUAUAAGAAUUUGUAAUACUUUACUGAAUUACAUGAAGGAAUUGGUUGAUAUUAUUUGUAAGAAAUAAUGCAUAAAAAG